AUGUCUUCUACCUCCGCAUCUCUCUUCCAGCCUAUUGAAAUCGGCGACAUGAAGUUGCGCCACCGUGUUGUACUUGCACCGCAGACACGCUUCCGCUGCAACAAGGACCAGGUCCCCGGCGACCUACUCCUCAAGUACUACAAACAACGUGCAAGCGUUCCGGGUACCCUCCUUAUUACAGAGUCAACGUAUAUCUCCGCACAAACCCUCGUAGAAUAUACUCCAGGCAUCUACAGCGGUGAACAAGUCACCGCGUGGCGCAAAGUCACUGACGUUGUCCACGCUCGGGAGUCAUACAUAUCCCUCCAGAUCUCUGCAACCGGACGCAUGGCUCGAAACGGCUUGUUCAGCCGCCGCGAUGACAUUCCCUACGUCGCACCUUCACCAGUCCCCCUUCCAGAGUCCCCCGACCAGAUACCCAGAGAGCUGACCAAAGAAGAAAUCAAAGACUACGUCGGAUGGUACGCAACGGCUGCUUCAAACGCUGUCUAUGGUUCUGGCUUCGACGGAGUCGAGGUCCAUGCUGCCAACGGCUAUCUCAUCAAUCAGUUCCUCAAUGACAAGAGCAACUUGCGGACGGACGAAUAUGGCGGCUCGGUUGAAAACCGAGCCAGAUUUGCCCUCGAGGUUGUCGAUGCUGUCGUCACGAAGAUUGGUCAGAAGAAGACCGCGAUUAGGCUGAGCCCGUGGGAUGCAGGUCGUGCUGGAGACAUGCGCAUGGAUGACCCUGUUCCGACUUACACGUAUUUCGUCGACCAGCUCAAGCAAAAGUAUCCCGACCUCGCGUACCUCCAUGUCGUCACAGGCAGCGCUCCCCUGAACAUCGCACCUCAGGAUGCUACGGUAAGUCAGAACUUCAUCAAUAGGUUGUGGGCUCCCCGCCCCGUUAUUACAACCGGCGGCUAUGAUCGCGAGUCCGGCCUCAGGGUUGCAGAAGAGACAGGCCAGCUUAUUGGCUACAGCCGCGCGUUUUCCGCGAACCCGGACUUGCCGUUCCGCUUUAGGGAGAAUAUCGCGCUCAACGAGAUCGAUCACACUAAGCACCACACGAAGGGGAGUCCAGAGGGUUAUACGACGUACAAGUUCUCUAAGGAGUCCUUGCGUUCGCGUGGUUACACCGUCGAAGGCUCAGAAGAACUGGAGUACUAG